AUGAGGAUGUUGAUUGGUUCUGUCUAUGUCUCGAACUUAAUGGUAGUUGGUUUAAUGCUUUUAUUGUUUAAUAUUGAUAUUAUUCAAUGUCGUCAAUAUGAUGAUGAUGAUGGUGAUGAUACUAUAGUACCAGUUACAUCAAAUGUGGUAGAAUGUCCAAAUAAUUGUUCAGGACAUGGAAUAUGUAAUCCAACAUUUGGUAGUUGUCAAUGUGAUAGUGGUUAUGAUCACUUGCUGGAUUGUUCAUCAUUCUUCUUUGUUGACUCACCAAACAUUUAUCACGAUAAAUUAGCAACAACAACAACAAAUCAAAAUGAUUCUUUAGAAGAUCCACCUGUGGAUUGUUCAAUCCAACAAGUUAGACCUCAUCGACUAUACAAUACAACGGUUUUGGAUGAUUUAACAUCGACUUUAACAACCAAUGAAUCAGUGGCUGGUAUUGCCGUCAACUUUACAAUGGCAAUUCAACAAAUUCGAGAGAUUUAUCGAGACGAAUCAAUCCUUCAAACCGUGUCGAUGGAUAAUAUAGCUUGGACACUACUGAAUCAAACAUCAACAGACAUUGGUGAACAAUCAGUCUAUAUUGGAACGAUAAAGAAUAAUCAACAUACCAAACUACAAUUGAAAAUCGAUCGAUUCAUUGACACUCAAAUGAUUGUAUUUGCAGAUGAAGAUAUGCAAGCACCAAGAAAAUCAAUUAAAUAUACUGUUAAAAUAAUUGAUUGGGUAUGGGCGUCACCAAUCAGUAAGCUUCAAGUGAUAUUCCAUUCUCGAUCAGAUUCGGUUGAAUUUGAUGAAUGUGGUAAUAUGAAAGUUAGAAUAGAAGUACCACCUUAUGAUCAAAUUAACUGGGUUCAAGUUCAAGUUGGUCGAUCCGUUUUCAUCACUAGAAUAGCUAGUCGGAUGAUUAUCGACAAUGUCACCAUCACUCCAUCAACAGUCACUAUUAUUCCAAAUGAUGAUCCACUCUUUUCUCAACAAAUCAAUCAUCAACAAUUCAACCUUUUAACAGCAUUCAAUAUCCCACCGUUCAAACAAUCAAUUGAACUCGAUCCAAUAUUCAACGGAGUCUUACUUGGUGAUGAAUAUAUCCUUCCAGAAUGUGAACCUAAAGAACCAUCAUCAUCAUCAUAUUCAUGCAAUGAUGUGAAGUUGAUUCAUCAUCAUAUCAUUCGUCAUUUGAAACAUGGAAGAUAA